GCCAGUAUGAUUACAUCUUCGCCAUAGGCACUAUGUUUGCGCUCCUUGACGCAUUCAACAACGGUGCCAACGACGUCGCCAACGCCUGGGCCACGUCGGUGUCCUCGCGCUCGAUCAGCUACCGCGGCGCGAUGGUCUGCGCUACGGUCUUCGAGCUCCUCGGCGCUCUGACCGUCGGUGCCCGCACGGCCGACACGAUCAAGAAUGGCAUCAUCCCGCCGUCGACGUUCCAGGGCAACGCCGGCGUGCAGAUGCUCGCCUUCACCUGCGCGCUCGCCGGUGCCUCGUCGUGGGUCAUGUGGUGCACGCGCAACUCGGCCCACGUCUCGUCGACCUACUCGCUCAUCUCGGCCGUCGCCGGUGUCGGUGUUGCCACGGCCGGUGCGCGCAACGUGCAGUGGGGCUGGAACAACGGCAAGGGUCUCGGUGCCAUCUUCGCCGGCCUCGCCAUGGCUCCCGUGUGCGCCGCAGCAUUUGGUGCCAUCAUCUUCGGCCUCAUCCGCACCAUCGUCCACGUCCGCAAGAACCCCGUUCCGUGGGCCGUCUGGACUGCUCCCUUCUUCUUCCUCGUCGCCGGCACGGUCUGCGCCCUCUCGAUCGUCUACAAGGGCUCGCCCAACCUCGGCCUCGACAAGCGCCCGCCGUGGUUCAUCGCCUCGGUGUCCGUCGGCACCGGUGUCGGCCUCGCCAUCCUCUCGGCCAUCUUCUUCGUCCCGUGGCUGCACGCCAAGGUCAUCAAGAAGGACCAGAACGUCAAGGGCUGGCAGGUGCUGACCGGCCCGGCGCUCUGGGCCACGCCCUACGCCACCGGUGACGCCGUCGCCAAGGUCCCCGACUACUCGGUCAUCCAGCACGGCCCCGAGUCGGCGCGCAACAGCACCGACGACAUCUCCGUCGACGACGAGAAGAUCAUGGUCGAGCAGGUCGCCGAGAUCCGCCCGCUCAAGACGCAGAAGGAGCUCAACCAGGAGGCCGACGAGCGCGUCUACGCCAAGCUGCGCCAGAACAAGGGCGCCAUCGGCUGGGCCAUGCGCUACCUGCACGACCACCCCAUGGGCCAGGGCGCCAUCUACGAGACGCACAACCUGAAGCGCGCCGUGCAGCGCAUCCCCGCCAUGGUCGUCGUCGCUGCGCUCUACGGCAUGCACUACGACAUCCACACGGCGCAGGCCGGCAUCGAGGGCACGCCCGAGGGCAACCGCAUGGAGCGCGUCUACUCGCACGCGACCAAGUACCCCAACGAGGUCGAGCACACCUACUCGUUCAUCCAGCUCAUCACCGCCUGCACCGCCUCCUUCGCCCACGGCGCCAACGACGUCGGCAACGCCGUCGCCCCCUGGGCCGUCAUCUACUCGGCCUGGUCCACCGGCGACGCCGCCAAGUCCAAGCUCCCCGUCGCCACGUGGCAGAUCGCCGUCGUCGCCCUCACCAUCGUCGCCGGCUUCGUCUUCUACGGCUACAACAUCAUGCGCGUCAUGGGCAACAAGCUCACCUACCACUCGCCCUCGCGCGGCACGUCCAUGGAGCUCGGCGCCGCCAUCACCAUCCUCGUCUUCUCGCAGUACAAGCUGCCGGUGUCGACCUCGAUGUGCAUCACGGGCGCCACCGUCGGCGUCGGCGUGCUCGGUGGCUACAAGGCCGUCAACUGGCAACGUGUGGGUUUGCUCGUGCUGUCUUGGAUCGUCACGAUUCCGAUCGCCGGUAUGCUGGCUGGUAUCCCGAUGGCCAUCAUCCUCAAUGCGCCGCGCUUCGGCAUCUAAGCGUCUCGCUGCGACCCUCUUCCGCCCUUCGCUUGUUCAUACGGUCCCCCCUCCCCCACG